UGUCCCCCAAAGGCUGAGUUUCAGCCCCUCAUAUGUCCAGUAGGUGUGAGAAUAUUCUAUAUGUGCCGCGAGAUUAAAAGAGAGAUGGGGUAAGAUUGAAUUAUUUACAAUAUAGAAACCUUCCUCUCCGUUUCGUCUCCACUGGACUAGCGAUUGACAGAUUAUUCUUCCUUACUUUUCUCUCUGCUCCUGCCAUUCUUCAUUUAGUUCUGCUUCUUCCUUGGAUUUAAGCAGACGGUGGGUUUUUAUUGCAAUUUGAGGGAUACCUUGUGGAAGCUGUGGGAAAAUUGAGGCAGGGCAACUUGUGUUUCUGGUUCUGGUUGUGGUUCUUUCUGGGAUUUAAGCAGACGCUGGGGUUUCAUUAUAAUUUGAGGGGUACUUUGUGGAAGCUGCGGGAUAAUUGAGGCAGGGCAAGUUGUGUUUUAUGGAAACGCGGAGCCGGAAGCGGGGCGAGGCGAGAGCAGCGCAGCGGCCCUCCUCCAGCGGCGCCCCUGCCGCGAAUAAGCGAGCUCGGUUGGAAGCGUCGGCGUCGGCGUCACCUACGCCCGCUCGCCGCGCCACACGAUCGUCCGCAGCGGCUGCCCGCGCCAUGGAUGACGAAACUGCAUCGGCGAAGCAGCGAAAGGAAGAAAUUGAAAAGAAGGGGAAGCAAAAGGAAAGUGAAAUUCAGCGCGAUGUUGAGAUUGCCGAUGCAGGGCAAGGUAAGGAAAUUCUGAGUAGCGAAUACGAUGAGGAGGGAGAAGAAGAGGAAGGAGCUUCCGAUGAUUUUGAUGACGAUGAAUACGAUGAUUAUGAUGAUGGCAUGCCUGAAGGUAACCCCGGCAGGCAUUUCGGUCGGUCGGCGUCUGAAUUGCAUGGCAUGCUGAGGAGGCUGGCGGUGUUCGGGCUUCCGUCUGGCGGGGCGGAGGAGGUGGGGAAGUUGAAGCGUAUCUUGGCUAGUCUGAGAGACGAGGCGGACGAUUUCAGCCAGAUUAGCGCGCUCACGGAGUUGUGCGAGAUUCUGCCUUUUGCUUCGGAGGAGCUGCGGGACAGAUUUAAUAUUGAUUCGUUUGUCCCGAUUUUGGUGGCGUUUUUGAAUCAGGAGGGUAAUCCCGAUAUCAUGCUUUUGGCGGCCAGGGCUUUGACGCAUAUUUGCGAUAUUUUUCCUUCCUCUUGCUCGAGUGUUGUGCAUCAUGGUGCUAUUCCUUGUUUCUGUGCGCGCUUGCUUACCAUUGAAUACAUGGACUUGGCCGAACAGUCUUUACAAGCUUUGGAAAAGAUAUCUCACAGACAUGCAUCUGCUUGCCUCCGUGCUGGUGCUCUUAUGGCAGUAUUGUCAUACCUGGACUUUUUCUCCUCUGGUGUUAAGAGAGUUGCAUUGUCAACGGCAGCAAAUAUUAGCAAACAACUUUCACCAGAUACCAUUGAUUCUGCAAUGGAAGCAAUUCCAACGUUGACUAGUCUUUUAUCAGAUCCUGAUGCUAAGGUGGUGGAGCAUGCAUCAAUCUGUUUAGCUCGCAUUGCAGGAACUGCUGCAUUAUCUCCUGAGAAACUAGAGAAGCUUUCUAGCUAUGGUCUAGUUUCACAAGUUGCAAGUUUGAUCUCUGUUAAUAACUCAGGCAGUGGACAGGCAUCACUUAGUUCACCUACCUACUCGGCUGUCAUUGGACUUCUUUCAACAUGUGCAAGGGGCUCUGUUGUAUUUACAAGGGAGUUGCUUGAAAUGGGUAUUUCUGGCAUCCUAAGAGACAUUCUAACCAGUUCUGGCUCUGUUUCCCAGAUUCCUAGUCCUCUUUCUCUAAAUGGGCCAACGGACCAGUUGUGUGAAAUUGUCUCCUUGGUGAGUGAUCUCCUUCCAUCCAUACUUCAUGAGACUAUCUCACUUCCUACCAGUCAUGCUGGUUCCAGUCAUUCUGCCAAAAAGCUUACCUCCAGAAGCUGUACAGAUAAUUCUGACCGUGAAAAGCUAUUUCGAGAAAACCCAGGUCUUUUAGUGCAAUUUGGAAGGGAUCUUUUUCCUCUUAUGAUUCAGGUAUAUGGUUCAAGCAUCAAUACUCAAGUAAGACACAAAUGCCUGGCAGUUGUUAGCAAAGUGUUGUGUUUGAGCACUGCUGAUAUGUUAAAUUCUUUACUUCAAGCAACCAACAUAUCAAGCUUUCUGGCAGGAGUUUUAACUGGAAAAGAUAUUGAAGUUUUACUUCCAGCAUUGCAGAUUGCGGAAGUUUUAGUGCAAAAACUUCCUGAACUGUUUUCAAAGAUGUUUAUGAAAGAAGGUGUUGUUCAUGCUGUUGAUGCACUUAUAUCUUCAGGGGCCACUUUGUCAGGAAAGGAUAAAAUUUGUGCAACUGGAACAUCAUUGAAAACACGACGUAACAGAAAAAUUGCUGGGGGAUCGACAAGUGAAGCAACCGGAAUGGAAGAGAUUAAAGAUUCAAAUGAGACAAAAACCAGUUCAUCUCCAGCCUUGGUGCCAAGUGCUAAUUUGGAUCUCAAAGUUAUUAUCAGUGCACAUGCAAAGCGCUUUAAGGAUGCAUACAUUGCUGCAAAUUUGGGUUCUACUGAAGCCGGAUCUACGGAUAGUCUUUGCAAGUUGACAAAUCUAUGUAAGAAGUUAAGUGGUUCUGUGUCUGUUGAUAUGAAGGGCAAGUCAAAAGGCAAGGGUAAAAAGAGCAGGUUUGUGGCUGAUCGUAAUGAUCAAAUAUCAAGCAUUGCUGAUAUUCUGGCAGAAGUUAGCAAAGAUGAUGGUGUGUCAACUUUUGAGUUUGUUAAAAGUGGGGUUAUAGCGUCCUUAAUAGAUUACUUUGCAGGAGUGGGGACUCAUAAAGAAAACACGUCACAAGCUGAUUUAAUGAAGCAUCAUAAGGAAACCUUGAGAAAGUUUCAGUCAUUUGUUGAUCUCUCGCUUCCAUUGGAUUAUCAAGGGAAAGAAGCUCCUUUGAUAACUUUAAUUCGGAAGCUACAGGAUGCACUUGCCUCCUUAGAACAUUUUCCGGUGGUUCUGAGCCAGGGUUCAAAAUCACACAGUGAUAAUCCUAGCAGUUUGGCUGGAUUAAAUGCAUUCAGACGGCCUUUGAAACUGCGGUUGCGUAGAGCACAAGGAGAAAAGUCUCUGGGUGAUCACAUGUCUAGUAUUUUACAUAUAGAUCCAUUGGCUGAUAUCACUGAUGUUGAAGAUUAUCUUUGGUCUAAAGUACAGAGAAAUGAAGCUGAAAUCAAUUGUAGUGUGACCGAGCCUAUAGUGUCUACCCAUGUUGCCGUGGAAGGCCGACCUUCAACAAGAUCAAGGUCCUCAACAGCAACAGGAAGUGAUUCAACCAAUAGCAUAGACUCUCUAAAUUCUAGAUCAUCGAAAGAAAAGGGGAAAUCUGUAUCAAAAAGUGUUAAUGAUUUUGAUGGCCCACAAACAAGAAGUGCUGCUCGGAGACGAGUAGCAUUAGAGGGAGAACCGCAACACAAGCAACCAAAUGUACAAUCUAGUGAGGAGGAUGAUGAUCCUUUUGUUGCUCCUGUUGAGCUUGAACAGGCUAUGGCCUUGGAAGAAGAUGGAGAUGAUGAUGUUGAAGAGAUGUUUAUGGAGGAACCAGCUUCAGUUUGUGUUGUGGAACGAUUAGCUGGUGUAGAAUUGAGAGACCUUGUAGGUGGAGGUGCAAUGGCUUCAACAAGUGCUGCGACAGAUACUGUAAUAAUUCAGGCAUCUGCUAGUUUAAAAGGAGUUAGCAGUUAUAGAGACCAUCCCCGACUGAAUUUCUUCAUUGGUGGGAAACUGAUAGAUAGAUCAUCAACAUUAUUCCAUGCAAUUCAGCAUAAUGUGGUACCAGAGGGAGAUGAGCCAAGAUAUGCAGGGUCAGAAUAUCCUUUUCGGGAGAGGUUUUGGGAUGAUGUUCACACAAUUACAUAUCGAAGGGCAGAUGCACCAGCCAAACGGAAUUUGAGAGAACCCCAGAAAAUGAGUUCUACUUCUAUGACUAUUAAGAACAUGUUUUUUAUUGACAAUAUUUUGCAGAGAAAGCUUCCAUGCGAUUUAGAAAAGUCAGAUAGUACACAUGAUAUUUUGCUGCUACUUCGAGUUGUAGAAGGACUUAAUGGUUUAGCUCCUUGUUUGAGAUCUCAGAGCUUAUCUGAUGCAUUUGCAGAAGGAAAAUUGAAAAGCCUAGAUGAUUUAAAAGUUGAUGUCCAUCCCAUUCCUCAAGAGGAAUUUUUGAGUGGCAAGUUGACUUCAAAGUUAGCACGUCAACUGCAAGAUGCCGUGACAUUAUGUAGUAUUGGUCUGCCACCUUGGUGUCACCAGCUGAUCAAGGUCUGUCCAUUUUUGUUUUCAUUUGAGACAAGGAGGCAAUAUUUUUACUCUACUGCAUUAGGAGUACAACGUGCACUACAUCGUUUACAGCAGCAACAGAUUUCUCAGAAUCCGAAUGUGCCGAACAAUCGAGGACGCCAUGUAGGUAGGAUACAACGGCAAAAGGUUCGUGUUUCACGAAAACGUAUAUUGGAGUCAGCUGCAAAAGUUAUGGAGCUUUGCUGUGGUCAAAAAACACUACUUGAAGUUGAGUACUACAAUGAGGUUGGCACUGGUUUAGGUCCAACUCUUGAAUUCUACACCCUUAUAAGUCAUGAAAUGCAAAGGAGUAUGUUGGGCAUGUGGAGAACAAAUUUGUCUUCCACUGGAACUGGGGAUACUGUUCAAAAUGGAGAUAUUGUUCAAGCAUCUCAUGGAUUAUUUCCUCGUCCAUAUCCACCCCAUACAGAUUCAUCUGGUGGAAGCAAAACUCACAAAGUGAUAGAAAUUUUUUGUCUUCUAGGACGUCUAAUGGCCAAGGCUCUUCAAGAUGGCCGGCUUCUGGACUUGCCUCUUUCAACAGCUUUUUAUAAACUUGUCCUUGGAAAGGAGCUUGACAUAUAUGAUAUUAAAUCCUUUGAUGUUGAACUUGGAACAACACUGAUAGAAAUGCAAGCACUUGUUCGACGGAAACAAUUCUUGGAGUCUGUUUCAGGAGAUAAGAGAGAGGAAAUAUCAUCUUUACAUUAUCGCGGUGCACGAAUUGAAGACCUUUGCAUUGAUUUCACUCUUCCUGGUUUCUCGGACUAUCCCCUUAAACCAGGAGGGAGCAACAUCUUGGUUACCAUAGACAACCUUGAUGAAUAUGUUUCAUUAGUUGUUGAUGCAACUAUUAAGACGGGAAUUAUGCCACAGAUGGAGGCCUUGCGAUCGGGAUUCAAUCAGGUGCUUUGUAUAUCAACUUUGCAAGUGUUUUCAGAAAAUGAGAUGGAUACUCUCUUAUGUGGUGUGCGUGACUUAUGGGUGCAGGCUGAAAUGCUCACUGAUCAAAUCAAAUUUGAUCAUGGUUAUACGGCUCAAAGUCCUCCUAUUCUAAAUUUUCUUGAAAUCAUGGCAGAAUUCACACCAUCCCAGCAACGAGCAUUUUUGCAGUUUAUUACUGGUUGUCCAAGGCUCCCUCCAGGAGGUUUGAGUGCUUUAAAUCCAAAAUUGACAGUUGUUCGGAAGAGUUCUACAGGACCCACUGAUGCAAAUUCACUUGAGGUUGUGGAUGCUGAUCUACCAAGUGUGAUGACUUGUGCAAAUUACCUCAAACUUCCUCCAUACUCAACCAAGGAGGUAAUGCGUUGUAGGCUGUUGUAUGCCAUAACUGAAGGGCAGGGAUCUUUUGACCUCUCUUGAGUGUGGGAUCAAUAUUCUUUGGUCUAAAAAUUGGUUAAUAUUCUGCACUGGUUGCAAGUUUUUAUGCUCCAUGUGCCCUUAAGUUUUGAAAAUCUGCAUGAUGUAAAAAUUUGUAGCAUGUUCGUCAAGUAAAUUUAGAUGGCUAAACCUUUUUGAGUUUGGUGUCUUAUCAUUCAAUGAAAAAUGAAAUUUGUUCGCCCCUCGUUAUGUGGUCAACAAGGUGUUCAGAGAUAUCAGUGAGACAUUCUUAUUCCUCACAUGCUUGCUAUUUUGGUAGCAGAGGAUUGGAUUAACCUAUUACAUGAGGGAAACAUCACUAUAAAUUGUUAUAGCAUAAUAGGAUGGCGGUGCAAGGGUGCACAGCUGUGUUUUCUUAUAAUUUGUACAGCUCAUGCUUGUAAUUCAUUAUGUAAAUUUGAGCUUUUGUUACUCAUAAAUCUUAAGAAAGGACUUCCUAUC